AAUAAGUACAAAUAUCGUGAAGAGGGCAGAGCGGAUCAUUGCAGUGACCAGACAGCAGCAGUGAUUUCUCGCAGGCACCGCUGUCGUUCUGCUUUCGGUCGGUGAACUGGUCCCGUCACGUGCAGACACAAAAGCCACUUCCUCCUCGCCACACUGGCGAUCGCCAACGCUGCUGCCCCGCCGGAAACGAUCCACUUCCCCAAAUCCAUCUCGAUUAAAUCCCGCCUUCCCCCCUGGAAAUGUCCUGCUGCCGUACAGCACUCUCGCCGACGGCUACCCUCAUCACCACCACGGCUGGCUCAAAGCUCCACUGCGACGACCGUGGCUGCCAAGUUCGCUCUUCCCUCUGCCGCUGCUCUGCUCCACCCGCCGUCGGGACUUCUUUCAUCGCUGUCGCCGUCACCGCGACUGCAACUGAAACUGAUGAGCCCUCCGCCACCGCUCUCUCUGCCCUCCUUGACGACGACUCUGCAUCAACAAUGAAUCUCUCUCGCAGGCGUAAACGUGACCUUUUGCUGGCCGAAAUCGCAGUAUGGAAAGCCCAGGUUGUCGCUUUCUUUGAUCAGCCGUCGCAGGCUGCCCCGAGCUCUUCUCCCAGCGACUCUUCCUCUCCGCGCAGCUCCAAAUCCAAAUCGAAUCCAACUUCCGCAUCCCCCACUCCUUCUUCUGCAAACCAGACCAUCCUCUCACCGCCAUCGUCCUCUUUAAUAUCCAAUCCUUCACCAAACCAGUCCUCUUCUACUGCAUCCCCGUUCCAUAUUCGAGUACCCAAGCGUCGCAGCACCCGCAAACAAAUCGACGAACUUUUCGUCCCGAUAGACAAUCCGAUCUACUCUGUGCCGAGUUCUACGCUCGCCCGAACCGUCGCACCCUCCCCGGCCACUGUACCUCCCAGCACACAAAGUUCGAACAUGCAAUCAUCAUCUACCGCUAAGCAGCCCUCCAGUUCACAGAAUGGCACUCAGUCCUCCGCAAAAAAUAUCAAUUCCGGCGCGAGUAACGGUGCUGAUAAAAAUCGUCGCGACGAAGACAACAAUCGGCAUCCUGAAUCUCGGCCCUCAAUAGAUGACGAUUCUGCAGAUUCCGAUUCUGAGUCUGAACUUUCUGACGAAGAGGAAGCCUGGAACGAAGGUUAUAAGAACUGGAAGGCUUGUCGGCGGCAAUGGACUUCCAAGCCAGCAGGCUCAGAGACUAGCACUCCUAGUACCGAUUCUUCUGCAGUUAGAAAUCACCCGAUCCACCAGCUCAAACCAGAUUCUUACCCCAAAAUAUACCGCGUGCUGGUUCAUGAGAGCAGAAGACUGCGGGUCCCCAUCAAUCUCUCGGAUGCGACAAAGAUCCUGGUAUCCGGAUGGCAGUCCACCGGUCAAUGGCCACCUCAACCUGGCAAAGCUGAUCCUCUUAUCGGCCGUCGCAAACGAUAGUGUUGGUUUUCUUUUGUUUUUUCAUUUACAUGUCUACCUAUCUACUUUCUUGCUAUAAAUUUCGGAGAGAUUACGGGGAGUACGGCGCUUGUUGGUUUACUGGUGUUCUGUUUUUGUGUAUCUAUCUACCAGCUUUACUGUAAAUUUAUGGAUUUUUAGGUAGCAGUCUUAGGUUUAGUUAUAUCGAUAGUUUAAACUCUGCAUCAUAUAUUACAAUAGCCAUCAUUUAUUAUGCGAACAACAGGUCCUCUAAUCACUCUUCCGAUG